GCGAAGCAAUUACUCCGUCCGCCAUUUCUCUCUCUCAUCCACGGAGAAGAAGUGGGCGAGCGAUGCGGCGGAGGGUGGCACCGGAUUCUUCGGCGAUGGUGGCGGGAGGAGGAGGCGGAGGCGUUGGAGGGUGGGCGACGGAGGCGGAGCGGCAGGAGCAGGUGCAGCUGUUCUCCGCGAUCAGCAACGGGGAGGACUUGGGCCCCUUCGUCCGCCGGGCGUUCGUCUCCGGACGGCCGGAGUCGUUGCUUUCCUCCUUGCGACACUUCUCUCGGUCGAAGGAGUCUGAGAUCGAGGAAGUGUGCAAGGCGCACUACCAGGAUUUCAUCCGCGCUGUGGACGAUCUUCGCUCCCUUCUCAAGGAUGUCGACUCGCUCAAAUCGGCCCUGGAUGACUCAAACACCGCUCUCCAGUCCGCCGCUGGCCCUCUCCUCGCUGCUCUCGAUUCCUACCUCGAGGCCCGUGCUGUCGCCGACAAUCUCUCCGCCGCCCUAGAUGCCGCCCAGCUCUGCAGUCGUCUCUUCGCGCACCUCGCCCGCGCCAACGAGCAUCUCGAAGCAGACCAUCUGUACCUUGCGCUGCGCGCCGUCGCUGCCGCCGAGCGGGACUACCUCCCCUCCACUACUCACCCCACUAUUCGACGCAUGCUUCUCCGCCUCAUUCCCGCUGUCCGUGCCCAUGCGGAGCGCAAGAUCUCCAAGGAGUUCUCUGAUUGGAUGGUUCAGAUCCGCGUCGCGAGCCGCCACCUCGGCCAGAUCGCUAUUGGUCGCGCAUCCGCCGCACGCCAGCGCGAGGAGGAGCUACGCGCUCGCCAGCGCCAAGCAGAGGAGCAGGGCCUCCUCCGAUCCAGCUCUGUCACGUCCACUCCCGCUUUCCGUGAUAACACCUACUCCCUCCGAGUUGAGGAGGAUGAUGAUUGGGCCGGCGACGAUGCGGAUGAUCUCGCAGCAGCAGCAGCCGCUGCUGCAUCCUCGGAAGGCAGUACUCCGGGUCUCGAUCUCACCCCUCUCUAUCGAGCCUAUCAUAUCCACAAAACCCUCAGCCUCGAGGAGCGCUUCCGGAGGUACUAUUUCGAGAACCGCAAGUUGCAGCUAACCUCAGACUUCCAAGUCUCCUCUUUGACCCCGUUCCUCGAAUCGCACCAGACCUUCUUCGCUCAGAUUGCUGGCUUCUUCAUAGUAGAGGAUCGAAUCCUCCGCACGGGCGGUGGCCUCAUCGCUAGACCCGACGUUGAUGCUCUCUGGGAGACUGCCGUCAACAAGAUGGUGUCUGUGCUUGAGGACCAAUUCUCCCGGAUGCAGACGGCCAACCACCUCCUUCUCAUCAAGGACUACGUCAGCCUAUUCGGCGUCACCCUCCACCGCUAUCGAUAUGCGGUUGACCCCCUCCUCAACGUUCUCUCCAAGCAUCGGGACAAGUACCAUGAUCUGCUCCUCUCUGAUUGCCGCCGGCAGGUUUCGGAGGCCCUUGACGCAGACAAGUUUGCGCAAAUGGUAAUGAAAAAGGAGUACGAGUACUCAAUGAACGUCCUCUCCUUUCAGAUCCAGACAUCCGACAUCACUCCGGCCUUCCCCUAUGUCGCACCCUUCUCCUCCAGUGUUCCAGAUCUUUGCCGGAUCUCUCGAUCCUUCAUUGAGGACUCUGUCAGCUUCAUGUCCCAUGGAGGGCAGCUUGACAUCUAUCCUAUUGUCAAAAAGUACCUUGAGCGACUCCUUAUUGAGGUUGUCGACGGCUCCAUUGUUCGGCUUAUUGACUCUGGUGGGCUUGGUGUUUCCCAGGCAAUGCAGGUGGCUGCCAAUAUGGCUGUCUUGGAAAGGGCCUGUGAAUUCUUGUUUCGGCAUGCUGCCCAGCUCUCAGGCAUUCCAUUACGUAAUGCAGAGAAGGGAAGGAGGGAGUUCCCAUUGAAGAAAUCUCGUGAUGCAACUGAACGUCUCCUUCUGGGGCUGCUGAGGAAUAAGAUUGAUGAUUUCAUGAUGCUGACAGACAGCAUUAGUUGGCUGGGAGAGAGCCCACCACCAAAUGGGAAUGAGUAUACUAACGAGGUGAUCAUAUACCUUGAGACAUUGGUCUCUACCGCACAGCAGAUAUUGCCUAUCAAUGUUCUAUGGAGGGUCCUUCAGGGGGUUUUGAGCCAUAUAUGUGACAAGAUCAUUGGUCUUUUCAUGAGUGAUGCUGUUAAGAGAUUUAAUUCAAAUGCCGUGUUUGGAAUUGAUAUAGAUCUGAAGAUGUUUGAGUCGUUUACUGAGAAUCAAUCUCACGUGUUCUACGAUUCUGAUGAUUCCAGUGCAAAUGAGUUGAAGCUUGCAUUAUUAGAAGCUAGACAGUUGGUUAAUUUGCUCAUGAGCAAUAACCCAGAGAAUUUUCUUAACGCAGUGAUCAGAGAAAGGAGUUAUAACAAGCUCGACUACAAGAAGGUGGUUACAAUAACAGAGAAGUUCAGGGAAUCAUCGGAUCGACUAUUUGGAACUUUUGGUACAAGAGGGGCAAAGCAGAACCCAAAACAAAAAUCAUUGGAUGCCCUAAUAAAAAGGCUUAAGGAUGCAAGCUGAUCCAGUUCAACAGUAAAGUAAAACAUGUUUCUUAUCUACCCUUUUGUCUGUGUGGUUUUGUGUGAAUUACAGUAUGGUUUAUUUCCUUGCUUAGAUCCUAGCAUUACUAUGAUUCAUAAAAGUCAUCAAAUUCUUGUCGUCUAGAUGUAUCUCUAGUUGUAAACAUGAUACUUUGUUUUAAUAGACAUUUGAUUUUGAUUCA